GUAGCUACGUGCCCAGCAUAGCCUACUCAAUCAUUUCUCACGUUUGCGUCGCGUCUAAAUCUGUAAACACAGAAUGACCAGAAGCCUAUUGCAACAUUACUGAAGUCGAGGAAAGUUUGACAGACAAGAGCUUCGGAUGAUGAACGCCUUUUAGCCUAUAUCAAAAUUAUGCAUUUCAGAUCAUUUUCUUUUCCCAUCGUUUGCCCGUUGCAAAUGCUUGACGUUUUAGCCUACCCAUAAUGUUAUACGCGUUUAAAAACGCGUGCGCGUUUUAGAUUAGCCUAAAGUUCGUUUAAGAAAGUGGACCAUGUUCAUACGGAUCGAACACUGUAGUCGUGGACCUGGCUUAGCCUAUAACCUCUUUUAUUUUCAUAAUUUUAGACGUUUGAAAUAGUUAGUGUUGGUAAAUCACCCACUUAUCCUGUGGCGUUUGUAAUGUUGGUGUAACUUCACGUGUGCUUCUAGAUGUCUUCACUAUUUUAUUGUCUUCUUACUGGAAGCUAUGACUCCACAAGUGGUAAUCCUGUUGACUGGACUUUGUUGGACAUGUUGCCAGUCGGCAGUAGCCUGGCAGUUGUGUGACAAUGGCAAGUUUCAGCUGGAGCAAGAUUUGCCGCAUUCAUUGUCGUUAUAUUGCUCUGGAUCGUUUUCGGAAGAUUCUAAUCAGAAGCUCCAUGUUGAUCACAAGUCUCCACCACCCUCACAGCCGGCUAAGCAAGUGUGUAUGGACACACCCAUUAUAUACAAUACUACUAUUCCAAACAGGGGAGACCACAGGCCUGUGGGAGCGCAACCUGGUGUUUACCUGUACUGCCCACCUCAGCGCUGGCUGAACAACCUCCAGCAUGGCUCAAUUGUAGCCCUGCAUCACCCUUGCACUCCUGAGCGGCAGCGAGCUCGUCUGGCUGCGCUGGUGCAGUCUUGCCUGCCUGGUUACGUCAUGUCAACCCACCCCUGGCUCAGCACCCAGAGGCCUGUCGCAUUGGUCUCUUGGGGUCGAACUCUGGAGAUGUCCCAUGUGACUGCCCCUGAGGUCUGUGACUGGCUGGUCUCGGUGUCUUCCAACCGCCCGCAGCAGCGUGGUGACCCAGAGCGGAGUCGCGGAGCACGCUACAGCCUGCUGUUGACACGCGCGGCCCCUCCGCACAGGCCAAAGGAUAGCGCACGGGACACGCAGGAAACCACAUCCCAAAUAGAUUGGUUAAAGAACCUUAGGAGUUGUUGUGAACAGACCCUCUCCCAUCACAAGGAUGGAGAGAUCCAGAUGGAAGCUACGGAUGAAAGGAUCCAGAGAAGAGAAAGGAGAGCUCCGCUUCAUGGGCGGGAGGAGGUCCUUCCAGACGAGUCCCACACACAGCUCAGCAAUGAGACGGACCUCCACGGCACUCAGUCCAGCAAACUGAACGAUACGUUCACGCACGCUACAGACGUGCUUGUGGAAACCAAACGCCCUGCAGCAGCCGUGCCGGUGCAGAGCACCCCAAGGCCCCGAACGGCGGCGGCAGCGGCAGCAGCGGCGGCUAACGUCAGCUCACCUGGGGAGACAAAGGAGCAGGUGGGCGCCGGAGCACCAAAGAAGGAGGAGGAGGCGCCUGGGACUCAGGAGCAGGAAGGACACUCCAAUACUGGAGGAGGAGGAGGAGGAGGAGGAGGAGGAGGAGGAGGAGGACAUGAGCAGGAGAAAGACAAAGUGACGAGUGCUGCAAAGACAAGAAGCCGCACACACUACUCACACGCACACUCGCACGGGCAGACCCACAGGAAGACGGGCGCGGGAAGGGGUACGAGCGGGGCCACCAGCCCCAGGCAGCGGGUACGGGAGGACACUGAGGAGCAGCGGCGGCUGGAGGAGAGGGAGACGGAGGCCCCUGGCGUGGAGGUGGGGGUCGGGUUGGGAUUAGCCGGCAGGGGGCCAGCGGCAGCUGACCGGCUGCCCACGGGGCGCACAGACGAGGCGGUGUGGGCGGCGGCGGCGCUGGGCUUCCUGCUGGUGCUGCUCACGCUGUCGGUGCUGCACACACGCCUCUACCGCCACUGGCGCACCACGCCCAGCCUCUACUGGCACGACCGCACGCAGGACUACGACAGCGUGGCAGAUGUGAUCAGACGGAGGCUGAAGCUGGCAGGCCGGAGGAAGAGAAGGGUCGGUGCUGGCCGCAGACAGGAAGCUCCUCUCAUAACCCUCUCAAGCACAGAUGAGGACUCCGACUAACUAGCCUUCCUCCUCUUCCUCCUCCUCCUCCUCCUCUCUUCAUUGACCAGCACUCCUCUGGGCCGAGUGAUGACUUCUGCAAGCAAGCCCAAAGACCCUUCUCUUUUAUAGACUUGAACCCAGAACUGUUGAAGCAGAGUGCACUAUAAUUUUGUAUCCUGCGUGCGGCAACUCUUAAGUGAUAGUACCUCAGUACUAUAGUCUGGAAGAUGUUUGGAAUACAAACAGUAUCCAGGCAGACACGACUUGUUUUAUUAUUAUACAGCAGUGGUAUAGGGCGUUGGUGCCCGGUUCUCUUCUCUCUUUCCAGCUAGCCACCAUACCCUCAGUAACAUACAAUAUAGUAGCCUAUAAUUCUUGUUCAAGUUCAGUAACAAACAAUGAACUGGUUGGGUUUUGUAAACCCUGAGCGCCAAGGGUUCUGUUCUUUGCCACUGCCAAAGGUACAAAUGUUUUAUUGCUUAUUUGUCAUAAGCACCUGCAACUCUUUGUUUUAGUAUAUUUAAUUAGUUUUGUUGUGACUUUUUUUGUAAUUUGUCUAUAUUAAAUAGUUGGUGUUAAAAGAAAAUGGUGUAUUCAGUUUGUUCCCACUACAAUAGUGUAGUCGUUUGCGUCAGACCUACAGGCUCUUUGAGUAAUUUCAGAUGACCUAGCCUCAAUAUGCAACAAUUUCCCACUUUUUGCGGUAUGUUUUUGUAAGCUGUUAGCUUUGGAAUCAUCCUCGAAUCCAUUUUGAUGGUGUAUGGUAAUGUGAAGUACCAAUAAACACACGUCGUUUUCACUAACCACCAAAGCUGCUGACUAUGUAGCCCUGUGGUCUGGCAAAGACCCCUCUGCAAAUUUUUUUAAAAAGCUUUUGCUUUAUCGCCAAAAAGACCAAUGUUAACCUCCUAGCAAGCUUUGAUCAGGGCCAGCCAUGCCGCUGUUGGUGUUUCUAAAGUUUCAAGGAGUUUCUAGGAAGUUGUUGUUGUUGAAGGCCAAGCCUGGUUGCUGAUGCGUAUUCCCUUCAUUUGUAGUCGUUCAAACACAAAUAGUAAGACAUCUCAAAGAAGGACAUUUCAGACAAAACACUUUCCAUAACCCUUGGUGUCCAGAACUUCACAGUUGAAGGGGGCUGGACUGAUUACUCAUAUCUUUGGUUUGGACAGUAUGCUGAAGCCACAGGUUUAGCUGAGGUUUCACAAACCCUAUUGUUAUACGACUUCACAAAAGCUGCCCUCUAACCACCUGGGAGAGAGCCAACGGAAAUAUAGCAGCAGUGGCAGUUGCAUAUUUGAAAGGUUCUCAAACGCUCAAAUGUGGAAGAGCUUGGCUGGGCCGAGCGAGUCAGUUGAAAACAGUGCAUUGUAUAGGUGGCCGGCUUUAGGUCCACUCUAACACGCUUA